GAUCUUCUAGACGCAGCGUCCAUCGGACCACGUGACCGGGUGGAAUUGUAUCUCUGUGGGUAUAAUCAAUGGAUGGCAACGAUGUCCUGAGCAGAUACUGACCGACCUCCAGGUCACGACAUUGUCGAAUAAAGACAUUUUAAGCAAGCGAUCUACCCGGAAUUAAAGGACGAGGUCAUCAUGGGUAGCAAAGUCAGCUCCAAAAUGGCAGCUCCUGCCGCCCGUGUAAUUCAGGCUAUCAGGCCCCGUGCCCCUCUGAUAAAGUUUCCUGACCGGCUAGGCGUGGCAAAGCCUAAUGCCUCUGAAGCAAUACAAGUAUUGGCAGUGAACAUGGCACAACAGAGCCCUCCCAAUUCCAUGUCGGUAGGGACAACGCCUCCCUACCGACCUGCGGUCCCUUUCACUAGGCUUCCUGGAUCCCCAGACACCCUGGCCUCUAUCAAGCUGGUACCCCAGCGGUAUCGUAGGAGACCCAUGGUGGUGGAGGAGAUGGAGUACAUCCAGCGUGGUGGGCCGGAGUGAACUAUGGCACAGUGCGAACAUUAAAUAGACCUUAUCUGCAGAAAUCAGCUCUUCUUUUCAACAUUAUUUUACAUCACAAGGACACCUUCUGCCACAAUGCAUCACAGACAUAAUGCAGAAUAAUGUAUGAGAUGAUUCAUGUUGAAAAUGUACAUAU